GCAGGUUGCGGGUGAGGAGAAGUGUGCCAGGGCCAUUCCAGGCAAAGGGGACAGGAGGCAAGGCCGGGAGGCGGCCACAGAGCAGCCACGUUUGGAAACCAAGAAGUGUGUUUGGAGCCUUGACCCAUCCUGGGGGCCCUCAUCACCGAUCGUCCGUCUGGGAGACGGAAGCCGCUCUGACUUCUCUCUUCAGGGCUCCCAGAUGGAUUCGCUGGAGAAGACGACCCACAGAAGUGAACAGAAGUCAAGCAGAAAGUUCUUGAAAAGCCUCAUCCAGAGACAGCCGCAGGAACUGCUCCUGGUGAUGGGCACGGGCGUCAGUGCGGCCGCGGCCCCCGGGGUCCCCGCGCUGUGCUCCUGGCGGAGCUGCCUGGAGGCCGUCAUCGAGACCGCAGAGCAGCUGGACGUGCUGCACCCCGGGGACGCGGCCCAGUUCCGCAGGAAGGUGCAGAAGGACCGGGACCUGCUGGUCGUUGCCCACGAUCUCAUCCGGAAGAUGUCGCCGCGGACGGGCGACACCAAGCCCAACUUCUUCCAGGACUGCCUGAUGGAGAUCUUCGACAGCCUGGAGCAGCACCUCCAGAACCCGCAGGUGCUGCAGCCCAUCCUCAGCCUCAUGGACCGGGGCACCAUGGUGCUCACCACCAACUACGACAACCUGCUGGAGAUCUUCGGGCAGCAGCAGAACAGGCCCAUGGAGUCCCUGGAUUUGAAGGACAAGACCAAGGUCCUCCAGUGGGCACGCGGGCACAUCAAGUACGGCGUCCUCCACAUCCACGGCCUCUACACGGACCCCUGCGGGUUGGUCCUGGACCCAUCCGGGUACAAGGACGUCACGCAAGACCCGGAAGUGAUGGAGGUGUUCCAGAGCCUGUACCGCACCAGGUCCUUCCUGUUCGUGGGCUGCGGGGAGACGCUGCGCGACCAGAUCUUCCAGGCGCUCUUCCUGUACUCGGUGCCCAACAAGGUGGACCUGGAGCACUACAUGGUGGUGCUCAAGGAGAGCGAGGACCACUUCUUCAAGCACCAGGCCGACAUGCUGCUGCACGGCAUCAAGGUCGUGUCCUACGGCGCCUGCUUCGACCACUUCCCGGGGUACGUGCAGGACCUGGCCGCGCAGAUCUGCCGGCAGCGGAGCCCAGAUGCCGACCGGGUGGACAGCACCACGCUGGGGAGCGGGUGCCAGGACUGCGCCAAGAGGAAGCUGGAGGAGAACGGCAUCGAAGCUUCCAAACAGCUCCGGCCCUCAGACGAUGCUGGCGCAUCUUGAAAUCUUCAAAACCAACAAAACCUGCAACUUGAAAACCAGCCUUCUGUGACCACAGUGCCGUGCCUGGAUGAUGAGGAAUGUUCGGGAACUCCCAUGGACCUCUCACCUGUAACCGUCAUGCACCCCAAGAGAGCCCUGUGGGGUGUGGCCCGCGGAGGCCGGGUGACAGUCCCACCGUGUGUCUAACUGCUCGGGGUGAAGCGCACACCUCAGGUCCCUCCGUGAGGACGGGCGGACAACUACCUCAGGGCCGGCGGCGGGAAGGGGGGUGCCUGGUGCUCCGGGCUCCCCGACGCCCUUUGUCAGGUGGCUUUUCUAAUAAAGGGGACAGUGGAGACCACAAGCAACAGUAGUUGCCAAAGAGAAAAUAAGAAACUAGACUCUUAAAUUUUAUAAUUUUUAUGCGGAAACAUCUGUUACCAUAGAGGACACUUUUAAGGUAUGUUUGUUACGUUGUUAAACAGUAAAGAAUAUUCGAGGU